AUGAAGCCCAACCUGGCAGGCUCCUCCCCAGAGGCCUGCAAAGCUGCAGGGCAGGGCGAGCAGAGCUGCCCUGUCUGCCAGGCCUGGGGUGGGGUCUCAAGCCUGGGGUCUGAGUCAGGGCCUGGGCCGGGGCCUGGUGCUGUGUCCAGACCUGGGCCGGGGCCUGGUGUGGUUCUAGAACCUGGACCAGGGCCUGCUGCUGUGUCCAGACCUGGGCUGGGGCCUGGUGCUGUGUCAGGACCUGGACCUGGGCCUGGUACUGUUCCGGGGCCUGGGCCGAGUCCUGGUGCUGUUCUGGGGCCUGGGCUGGGGCCUGGUACUGUUCCGGGGCCUGGGCUGGGGCCUGAUGUGGUUCUAGAACCUGGAUCAAGGCCUGGUGCUGCUUCAGGAGCUGGGCCAGGGACUGGAGCAGUGUCAGGGCCUGGGAAGGAGCCUAGUGCUGUUCUGGGACCCAGACAAGGGCCUGGCGCAGUGUUGGGGCCUGGACCAGGGCCUGGUGCUGCUUCAGCGCCUGGACCAGCUCUGGGGCCUGGGCCAGGAGCUGGGUCAGUACCUGGUUCAGGAGCUGCACCUUUAUCUGGGUCAGGGGUAGGGCCUGGGCCCAGACGGGAAUCAGGGGCUGGGCAGAAACCCAGUGAGCCCGUGACAGCCCCAAUGCCGGCACUGCAGCAGAAGACUCAGGCCACACCUGUGCAGGCCUCUAAGCAGAAGGUUCUGGUGACUGGAGGAGGAGGCUACCUGGGCUUUAGCCUGGGAUCCAGCCUGGCCAAGAGCGGCACUACUGUCAUCCUGCUCGACCUCCGCAGACCCCAGUGGGUGCUGUGCCCGGGGACCGAGUUCAUCCAGGCUGAUGUCCGCGAUGCAGAAGCCCUGCACCGCGCCUUCGAAGGGGUGGACUGUGUCUUCCACAUGGCCUCCUGCGGAAUGUCUGGUGCCGAGCAGCUGCAAAAAGAGCAGAUUGAGUCUAUAAAUGUUGGAGGCACCAAACUAGUGAUUGAUGUUUGUGUCCACCGGCGGGUUCCCAGGCUUGUCUACACCAGCACCGUCAAUGUCGCAUUCGGCGGGAAGCCCAUAGAACAGGGCGAUGAGGACUCUGUACCAUAUUUCCCACUGGAGAAGCACAUGGACCACUACUCCCGAACCAAAGCCAUUGCCGACCAGUUGAUCCUCAUGGCCAACGGGACGCCUCUCCCAGGAGGAGGCGCUCUACGGACAUGUGUGCUCCGGCCCCCAGGGAUCUACGGCCCCGAAGAGCAGAGGCACCUGCCCCGCGUGGCGAGCCACAUCAAGAAGAGACUGUUCAUGUUCCGAUUUGGGGACCGCAGGACGAGGAUGAACUGGGUCCAUGUGUGCAAUCUGGUGCAGGCACACGUGCUAGCAGCCGAGGCCCUCACCGCCGCCAAGGGCUACGUGGCCAGUGGGCAGGCGUACUACAUCAAUGACGGGGAGAGCGUCAACCUCUUCGAGUGGAUGGCCCCACUGUUUGAGAAGCUGGGGUACAGCAAGCCCUGGAUCCAGGUUCCUACUUCCUGGGUUUACCUGUCAGCCACGGUGAUGGAGUAUUUGCACCUGGCCCUGAAGCCCAUCUGCAGCCUCCCGCCGCUGCUCACCCGGAGUGAGGUGCGCAGCGUGGCCGUGACGCACACCUUCCAGAUCGCUAAGGCCCGCGCUCAGCUUGGCUACGUGCCCGACAAGUUCAGCUUCGCGGACGCCGUGGAGCGAUACGUGCAGUCGACGGGCCGGGGAACCCGCGGCUCCACAGCGCGGACGCUCCUGCGGCUGCUGCUCGGGCUGCUGCUGCUUCUUGGCCUGCUCGUGCUGGCCCUGCACUUCCUAGGCCCGCGGCCGUUCGUCGUCUGACCAUCGUCGCCGGCCUGUCCCUGCCCCUGCUUCGCCUUCAGGACUUGGA